AUUCCUUGUGGCGAGCUUCACACAGUUGUCCUGCUCAGUUUGGAAGAUGCUGCAGUCAGAUGCACUGCGGUAAAAAAUAACGCCAGACAGGGAGGGAGAAAGAAGUCUGUAUUAUUCGCAAUGCCAGCCCGUGAGAAAUAUCCAGGGUCCUUUGAUGCGUGGGAUAAUUUUUGCCACUCAAAAGAACAGCGCUUCAUUAAAUAAUUUGUUGAUCCUUCAGAAGGAAAGGAUAGCCCACAUUUUUCCCCGGAGAACGGACAAAUCGGGAUAAGGAGGCUAUUUUUUUCAGAAGGGACAACGUGAGGGCAGUAAAAUAGAAGCGCAUGGCGCUAAGAGCAUGGCACCAAGAGCAUGGCACCAAGAACAUGGCACCAAGAGCAUGGCACCAAGAGCAUAGCACCAAGAGCAUAGCACCAAGAGCAUAGCACUUGCAAUGCCAGGAUGGUGGGUUCCAUUCCCGGGACCACCAGUGAGUAAAAUGUAAUUCUGGAGGAAGCAAUUUCAGUCCCUACCAUUUCUCAAACAACGUCUUCCUGGAUAACAUCUCAAAGGAAUAUCUUACAAUCAAGUGUUCAAAGAAGAGCCUUUUUUAGGCUUCUCAGCCCUAGGAUCUGUACUUUCAUUGCUACAUUACACUUAAGGACAUGUCUGCUGUGCGACUGCUGUUCCUGUUUCUGCUUUGUUCCCAUUUUGUGUCCCUGUGCCAUGGGGCCUGUUCAGAGGUGGACUCGGACACUGAGGCCGUUGCAGGCAAAGGGUUCAAACUGGGCUGCAUCUCCUGUAAGAUGAGGCCUGAGGUGGAGGCUUCUGCCACGGUCAACUGGUAUUUCAAGGCCAAAGGGGAAGCUGAAUUUGCUCAUAUAUAUAAUUACGAUGAGGAGGGCCCCCACAUUGUGGAUGAGCGCUUUGAGGAGCGCGUCGACUGGAACGGCAGUAAGAGGAGCCAAGACAUACAGGAUGCAUCCAUCUACCUCUUCAAUGUCACCUUCAAUGACUCGGGCACCUACAGUUGCCACUUCCACCGGCUCUUGACGUAUGAGUUCUACGAAUACCAGACUGUUGUCAGCAAGCUUGUGCACCUGAAAGUUGUGGCUAAAGCCACCAGAGGGACAGCCUCCAUAGUCUCUGAGGUGAUGAUGUAUGUGUCCAUCAUCGGGCUACAGGCUUGGCUCUACAUAGAGAUGGUAUACUGCUUCAGAAAGAUCUCAGCUGCAGGAGAGGAAGCAUUAAGAGAAAGCGCGAAUGCAGAAUAUUUAGCUAUAGCCUCAGAGAGUAAAGAUAACUGUGCAGGGGUGCAAGUGGCAGAAUAACCCAGGAAUGCAAAGGGAUUCGAUCUAUGUACUGGCCGCAUCAGCUAUACGACCCCUUGGAUCGCAUGAAGACAUCCUGAAGAUGCACAGUAUCUACACUUUCUGAGUCUUUAUUACUUUUCCUGUUACGUUAAUGGAUAAAUGUGAUAUGAUGACAUCAUUACUUUGAAAGUAGCAUGAUAUCAGCACCUCUGUAUGUAUUACACACAAAAGCAUGUAACUAAUUCAACUAAUGAAUCCUUAUGUGUAUGAAUCCUUCAUCAAGGUAUUUUUUGGGUUGUAUCGAUCUCUCUCUAAAGUGAAUGUACAUUUAUAUUAAGAGUUAUUGUGAGAGAAUUAAUCUGAUUAAAUGGUUAUCAAGAGAGCUUUAUCACA